AUGGCCAAUACCAACACAGACCAGGUCUUCCAAGACGCCUUCGCUGGUGCCGACCAAGCUGAAGGCAUCUUCGAUGACAGCUUCGGGGAUUUGGGGCUUGAAUUUAUGUUGUCGGAUCCCCAGUUUGAUCCUUCUGAUUUUUUCUUGCCAGGGGAUGGCAUUAUGAAUUCCCUACCGGCGCCAAGCAUUGGUGAAUACGUCGUGGAUGAGUCCUCCCAAGCCAAUACUGAACUGGAUAUAGGGAAUAGUUUCAUGGAGCUUGCCAGCACAAUGGCAGACAACCUUACCGGUCUCGACUCAAUGAAUCUACCAGAUGCAUCCGGGCUGACCUGUACGAAUAUUUCUAACUGGGAUGAAGUUUAUCCAGGGUUUUCCCUGGGAAAUGCAGGGAUUAAACCAGUUGACGCGGACAGGGGCGGGAUUUCUCAAGACACCCUUUCAGGCCGGGAGCAAGCCAAUGCAAUGAUUACUAUCCAAGACACGCUAUUCCGUGAGUCUACAUCCUAUGUUUCCCUCCCUUCCGUCUUACAAAGAAAUUAA